ACCAGGACAGAGGAAGAAGAUCACCUCUUUGAAAUGGGCACGGGGGGCUGGGUGCUGGUGGCAGUGCCAGGCUGAGACAAGUCCCCGAGGGACAUGGCCAAGGGCUUCUGGCUCACAGCAGAUGAGAAGGGUGCACAGAGGGUUUCCACAAGGGAUUUCUCCUGGGGUACCAUUUCCAGCAGUUGGGCAGGCACAGGAGAGCCCAGUGGGUGAGACACGGCAGCCCCUGCCUCAGGACCUCUGCUCCCCCCAGCCCGCUCCUCUGGGAGCUGCCGGGGGGGCACUGGGGCCGCAGGCAGCCUCUGAUUUCGGGGGUGCUCCGGAGGGACUGGCGGGAACUCAGGUGGGCAGGAAGAGAACGCCAGGUGCAGAGCAAGCUGGGGGCUGGACGGUGCUGGCUUCACCUCCUGAUGUGUGCUGGGGCUGGAGAGAAGAUGCUUCCCCCGGUGCAGCUGCCACGGAAGGGCUCAUCCAGCGGCGCGGGAAGAGCGGGACGGACGGACGGACGGACGGACGGACGGACGGACGGACGGACGGACGGACGGAGCUCCUCCCGAGGCGGAGCGCGGCUCAGCCCCCGCCUGUGCCGCAGCACCUGCCCCGGCCCGGCCCCGCUCCAGCCCAGGAGCGCUGCAGGGGGAAGCGAAAGGCAUCGAAGCCCAGGAAGCCAAAGGAUGUAAACGCCCCCCGGGAGUCAGGAGAUGUCCGUCUCUUCACCAAGGAGACACCAGGGCUGGAACAGGGUGAUGUCAGCGCGGCUUGGCGAGGGACUGCCCCAGCUCAGCGCCUUUGGGAACACGGGGCAGGGGAGUGAAGGGGAAAUGCUGCAGCUGAGCAGCA